AAAUUAGAGAAUAAAAUAGCACUGUCUAUUAAUGGGCGUUUUAAAGGCGCUACAUCCAUAAGAACUUUGUAGCACUUUUAAAACCUGUUUUACUUUUUUGCGUGUGUUAAUAUUACUUAUCUUCUUUUACGAAUACAGAAAUCUAUUAAAUAUUUUAAACAUACUAGUUUCUAACAACUAAGACAUAGACAUAGAAACAAGUGAGAGAAAUAAGAGGAUCAAUAUGAGCGAAGAAAAGUUAACUAGUAACAAAUUGGAUAUUGAGCAGAAAAGGCAGUCUCUCAAUAAUUCUGAAGAUAAUCGUGAGUCUUAUAAGCCAAUUUCAGAAGACACAGGACUUGAUCACGUUAGUGGAGAUACGUUAAAGAACUCAAAUAUGGUCCGUGAAAAUUUAGAUGCUCAAGAUGGAGCAGAUGAAAAGAUGCUGGGUACUGAUGAUAAGGAAACUCUAGCCUUAAAAAAUGUCGAAGUAAAGUUCAUCGCUGCAGCAGAUCCAAAUGGUGAUGCAAAAAUUGAAAUCGAGAGUGCUGAAAAGAGUUUUACUGGAAUGACAAAAGAGGAAUUGAUGAAAUAUGCAAACGAUCCAUUCUGGGUUAAAUUGAGAUGGUUCAUGUUCAUUCUAUUCUGGGCUGCAUGGAUUGGAAUGCUCGUCGGUGCUAUUUUGAUCAUCAUUAAUGCCCCAAAAUGCGCUCCACCAACUCCAUUGCCUUGGUACAAAGAAGGUCCACUCGUUUUACUCGAUAAGAAUGCAGACAGUGUAAGUGUUGAUGAUUUUGCUAAGCAUCAAGUCCAAGGUGUAAUUUACGAAUUGCCAGGAGAUAAAACGUACAAGAUUGAUGAUGUUCAGGAUCAAAUCAAGAAACUUGUUGACAAGUUUAAGGCAAAGAACAUUCAUGUAGUCAUUGAUUUGACACCAAAUUAUGUCACGAAGGAUGAUGAGUUGUUGAAGAAGGCAUUAGAAGGAGAUAGUGACAGUUUGACUGCUUUUGUUACGUCUGAUAAGAAGACAAACUUUAUUAAAGUCAAAGGUGGAGAACCAGGCAAUGCAUGGGAGGAUCAAGGAAGCAACAAGUAUUAUUUGAAACAGUUUGGUGAUAAUUAUGAUUUGCGUCUCGACAAUGAACUUGCACAAGAUAAGUUAAAGGGAGUUAUGGCCAAACUUGCUGAAAUCGGCGUUAAAGGAUUCCGGUUGUCUAAUGCCAAACAUUUUAUUAUUAAGGAAGCUGCAUUUGAAGACAAUAAGCCAACAUCAGAUCCACAUGGAUUUGCACUCAGUAAUUAUGAAUUUUAUGAACAUACACAAACAACUUUCCAAAAAGGUCUUGGUCAAUUGCUGCAUGAUCUUAACAGAUACGUUAAAAAUAUUACAAAUGAUGAAGGAUUCUUAACAAUUAAGGAUGAUAUAUCAAAUCAUAUGGAAAAUUAUGCUGUUGGCGAAUUCCUUGGAUUUGAAAUGCCACGAUUUGGAUUCAUUAAUUCCGUUUUUCAUUCGCCUGAUGCCACAAAGGCAAAAAUCUUGAAAGAUAAUUUCGAUAAAAUUCAUGAACAUCUCAGUUCUGAUUCUACAAAAUGGAUGCAGAUUGAAUAUGGCCAUAAAGCAUAUGAACAUUUUGAUGAGUCUGCAUUCAAGCUAUUCAUUGGUAUGCUCAAUGGCGUUCAAAUCUCCAAAUACGAUGAUCUCAUCUAUUUCAAUAAUAGCACUGAAUUGUACACAAAGAUCCAAAAAGAACACGAAACAGUUUUCCAGCAUGGAAACUUUGAAGCUUACUUGAGCGAGAACAACACAGCUUUUGCUUAUUCUAGAAUGAAGUCUGGCAAUCCAGGAUACUUUGUGGUCGUUAAUCCUUCAAAGAAUGAAAUCACUGCCAAGUUCAACGAAACAAGCGUUUUGGGAUCAGACUUGACUUAUGUGUUAGUCAGCAACAACUUUGCUGAUACACCAAAGAAUAAAGUCAAACUCAACGAGAUCAAGAUGCCAAAAGAAUCUACGGCAAUCUUUACAUUCGUUCCAAAAUAAAUUGCUUCAUAGAAACAUUUUACUGCUAUUUGCAAGCUUAUGACAAUACUUUACAUGUUUAUCGUACAUCCUGUAUUCGUGUAGUUGAUAUGAUAUGAUAGUGUUUUUGUCUAUUGUCUCUCAAAUAUUCGUUCGAAUAAAUAAUAAUAAUCAUACAAUAUGAGAAGAAGCAGA